AUGGCUUCUGUUAGGAACGCACUAUGUCUCGUUGCAGCUUUACUUCUAAUCUCCCAGAAGACCGCCACUUCCAACGUCCUAGAUCCUAUUUUUGAUAACAUAUGCAAGAAAGUGGAAUGUGGGAAAGGGAAAUGCAAAGAAUCUUCAGACGCAACUUUUAAGUAUGAAUGUGAGUGUGACAACGGUUGGAAGCAGUUUGAUCGUAACCUCAAGUUUCUCCCUUGCAUCAUUCCCAACUGUACCUUUGGUAUAACAUGCGGUGAAGUAGCUUCUCAAGCACAACCUAAAACGCCUCUUAUAGAUAACAAAGCUUCAUUUCUUGACAUUUGUCAAUGGGUGUCUUGUGGACAAGGAGGGGUUUGCAACAAUACAAAUGGGUUUCCAUUCAGAUGCGAUUGCCGUGAAGGUUACAGCAACUUCUUGAACAUCGCAAUACUUCCUUGCCACAAGAAUGUGAAUCCUGGGAUUCCUAAGUCGAACGCAUCAUCAUCUUCUCCAUCAUCCUCUCCUUCAUCAUCUUCUCCUACAUCAUCAUCUCCUUCAUCAUCUUCUUCUCCAUCAUCGUCUUCUUCUUCAUCAUCUUCUUCAUCAUCAUGGUCUCCUCCAUCUCCCCCAUCUCCUCUGCCUAAUAGCAGCAAGAACCAAGCAGAAGGACUGAAUCUAAGAGGAUCAUCGUUGUGGUGGAUAACAACUCUACUCUGUGUCUCUCUAGCACCAUGGAAGCUGCUCUACAUUUGA